AUGUUCGCGAAUAAGUCAUGCGUGAGGGUGGCUGUGACGGGGGCGGCCGGCCAGGCUGGGUACGCGAUGCUUCCUCUCAUUGCCAGCGGCCGCAUGUUGGGCCCCAAGCAGCGCCUCCAGCUGAACCUGCUGGACGUGGAGCCCGUCAUGAGUGUUCUCGAGGGGGUCCGUGCGGAGCUCGUUGACUGCGCCUUUCCGCUGGUGGACCGUGUUCUCGCCACGCCGGAUCCGAAGGUGGCCUUCGAGCAAGCCGACUUCGCCAUCAUGUUCGGCUCCGUCCCGCUGAAGCCCGGCAUGCUGCGGAAGGACCUCCUACGGGGCAACGCCAGGCUCAUCGAAGAGCAGGGCCGCGUCUUGGGCGAGGUGGCCCACCCUGACUGUCGCGUGUGCAUUGUGACCAAUCCCGCCAACACAAUGGCCCAUGUUCUGCUGAAUGCCUCGAAUGGGAAGCUCAAGCCGGAGAACGUGACGGCGCUGACGCGGCUGGACCAAAACCGUGCGACGGCGCUGGUGGCGGAGCGGUCC